GCCCCGUCCCGCCCGGCCCAGGUGGAGGCGGCGGCGCCGGUGCCGGCGGUGGGAGCGGGGCGUGGAUGCGGCGAGCAUCAACCCCACCAGGCAGAGCAAGAGAACCUCAGCCAUGCCCUGGGGCUGCCAUGCGUGAAGGACAGAGGAGAAGGAAGAAGGACCCCUGUGAGACGCACUGCGUGGGAUCCCUGCCACUCUUAUGAGCCUGCCACCCACUCAAGAUGGCAUCCAGCAACAAGAAUGGGAGCAGCCGCUCCAGCAGCAGCCGCCUGCAGAGCAAGAAGCCCCCCAACCUCUCCAUCGUGAUCCCCCCGCCCCGGGAGGCGGAGGAAGAUGGCACCCACAAGGAGGUGAGCUCUGGGAGGCACCUCUCCGUCCCAAGUGGGGUUUGGUAUAUCCGUUGUUAUCCUCUGUGCUCUGUAACCCUGUGCUCUGCCUCCCAGCCCUCCAAGGUGCCCAUCUAUCGGAAGAGCAAGAGCCUGCAGGAGCCACGCUCGAAGGGAUAUGAGAGCUCAGAGCGGCGGCCGGGCUUCCGCCGACAGACAUCUCUGUCCCAGAGCAUCCGCAAGGGCACGGCGGAAUGGUUUGGCGUCAGCGGCGACUGGGAGGGGAAGCGGCAGCACUGGCAGCGCCGAAGCUUGCAGCACUGCAGCAUGAGAUACGGCAAACUGAAGGCUGCCUAUCGCGACAUGGAGCUGCCCAGCCAGGAGGUGCCCUCCUUCCAAGGCACCGAGUCACCCAAACCGGCCAAGAUGCCCAAGAUCGUGGACCCUCUGGCCAGGGGCCGUCCCUUCCGCCACCCCGAUGACACCGACCGUCCCCAUACACCCCACCACGUCCUGCCCCCGCACACCCCUGGCGUUGCAUCGCUGGCAUCCCUGGGCAGUGCCCGCUCUGGUUACAGCCGCCUGCCGCGCCGCAAGAGGCUUUCUGUGGCACACAUGAGCUUCAGGGCGGCCGCCGCGCUGCUCCGUGGCCGCUCUGUGUUAGAGCCUCUGGCUGAGAAGCAGAGGAGCACCAAGAGGAGCUUCAUGUACCCCAGCUUCAUGGAUGAGGAUGUGGUGGACAUCGCUGACACACUGGACUCCUCCUUCUUCAGUAAGAUGGACACACACGACGAGACCUAUUCCAUGCCAGAUGACGUCUUCGAGUCACCACCGCUUUCAGCCACGUAUUUACGCAUGCAUUCAGUGGGGGAGGAUGUCAGGGCAUCCCCAGAGGUGGAACAGACUGCACUACGUGAGGGUGCCCGUCUCGCUGCUGCCUCAGUUGGCCCUGCCCCCCAGAGGGGCAGACGCAUCGCUUCCAAAGUGAAGCACUUUGCCUUCGACCGCAAGAAACGCUACUAUGGACUGGGGGUGGUGGGGCAGUGUCUGAACAGGACGUACCGCCGCAGCCUCAGCAGCAUCGUGCAGUCACAGCUGGAGAUCACCGACAGCCACCGGCCAUAUUUCACCUACUGGAUCACCUUUGUCCACAUCCUCAUCACCUUGCUGGUCAUUGGCACGUAUGGCAUUGCUCCCAUUGGCUUCACCCAGCACGUGACGACAGAGUUAGUGCUGAGGAACAAAGGUGUGUAUGAAAGUGUCAAGUACAUCCAGCAGGAGAACUUCUGGAUCGGGCCCAGUUCAAUCGACCUGAUCCAUCUGGGAGCCAAAUUCUCACCCUGCAUCCGGAAGGACCGCCAGGUGGAGCGGCUCAUCCAACGCGAACGGGACCGGGAGCGGAACUCUGGCUGCUGCGUCCAGAAUGACAAAUCAGGCUGCAUCCAAACACUGCCGCAGGACUGCUCGGAAACGCUGGCGACGUUCAUCAAGUGGCCCAACAACAACACGCCGACCAUGGGCUCCGGUGAGAAGCGCACGUCGGGGGCUGUGUGUCACCAGGACCCCAGGACGUGUGAAGAACCGGCCUCAAAUCCCCCCCACGUGUGGCCAGAUGACAUCACCAGGUGGCCGAUCUGCACCUACGAGACCAAAACCAACCACACAGGCCUCCCUCACAUGGACUGCCAGAUCAAGGGCAGGCCCUGCUGCAUCGGCACCAAGGGCAGCUGUGAGAUCACAACGCGGGAGUACUGCGAGUUCAUGCAUGGCUACUUCCACGAGGAGGCAACGCUCUGCUCACAGGUGCACUGCCUGGAUGAAGUCUGUGGCCUCCUGCCCUUCCUCAACCCGGAGGUCCCCGACCAGAUCUACCGCCUGUGGCUGUCCCUGUUCCUGCAUGCAGGCAUCAUCCACUGCCUGGUGUCGGUGACCUUCCAGAUGACGGUGCUACGGGAUCUGGAGAAGCUGGCAGGCUGGCACCGCAUCUCCAUCAUCUUCAUCCUCAGUGGCAUCACAGGCAAUCUGGCCAGUACCAUCUUCCUGCCAUACAGGGCAGAGGUGGGCCCUGCUGGGUCUCAGUUCGGUUUGCUGGCUUGCCUCUUCGUGGAGCUCUUCCAGAGCUGGCAAGCGCUGGAGAAGCCAUGGAAAGCCUUGUUCAACCUCUCUGGCAUCGUCCUCUUCCUCUUUGUCUGCGGCCUCCUGCCCUGGAUCGACAACAUCGCCCACCUCUUCGGCUUCCUCAGCGGCCUGCUGCUCUCCUUUGCCUUCCUGCCCUACAUCACCUUCGGCACGAUGGACAAGUACCGCAAGCGGGCCAUGAUCAUCGUGUCCCUGCUGGUCUUCCUGGGCCUCUUCACCUCGCUGUUCAUCUGGCUGUAUGUCUACCCCAUCAACUGGCGCUGGAUCGAGUACCUCACCUGCCUGCCCUUCACCAGCAAGUUCUGUGAGAAGUACGAGCUGGAGCAGGUCCUGCACUGACCCACGGAGGGGCUGCGGGGCUGGGGCCGGCCUGCUCAGAGCCUCCAGGCCCUGCUAACCCCAGGACAGCUUGUGGGGUGAGGCAGCAACCGGGCCCCACAGUGCCAAUCCUACUGUGAACACAACCCCCCUUUUUGCAGGGGCACUUUUGUACCUAUGGCUCUUGGCCAUAUCCAUCACCUCGGGGCUGCCUGGGGCUUACAGGGGCUCUGUGACCACGCUCUGGUUCAUCCCUUUCUCCGACCCGUCCCAGUGGGAUGGGGUCCUCCAGCACUUCUCAGCCCUGGGAUUUUUAAUUUUGGGAGGCUGGAGGUGUUUUCUUGAAUGGGCUGUGGGGGGACCCUGGUGGUUUCCACAGUGGAGGACUCUGGAGGUUUGGGUGUGUUUUUGUUUUUGUUUUUUUUGCAGCUCUGACACUCUCAGAGCUGAGGAUUGAAGGUAUUUUUCAGCCCCCUGUUUGCUCCCCAGGGGCUCAGGAGCAAAGCUGUUCUCCUCAUGGUGGGAUGAGGGUGCUGCUUUUUCCCCUCAUCUCGGUGAGGUUCCCCCUGAAAGUGGAGCACUGUGCUGGUAUGUAAGCAUAGAAGGAAGCACUCCAGUGGUUUUGUUCAGGUCCUUCUGGAACCCCAGAGUGAGGCAAGGCUUGGCUCCUCAGGACCCCCUCCUGCUGCUGCUCUGGACCCAUGGUGUCACAUCUUGUCCUUCAGGGUGUAACCCUGUGCUGUGUGUGACAGCGCUGUUAACAGGAGCAGCACAAGUCCCCCAUCAAAACAAGAAUCCAGGUGCUGGAGUCUCAGCCCCACGUGUGCCCCCCCUGCUCCGCCGCAGGCCGGCUGCAGCCCCAUUCCUUGCUCCUCUGGUGCUGCUCCAGCCACACAUUGGCACCUCACCUCAGUUGUCUCUUUUUGAUACUUUUUUUUUUUAAAAAAAAAAAAGCUGUGGAAUUUUUUUGACCCUGAAUAAAUUUCUACCUGUAUUU